CAGACAUCAUGGCGGACGUGUUGGACCUUCAUGAAGCGGGAGGCGAGGACUUUCCUAUGGAUGAGGAUGGUGAUGAAAGCAUCCAUAAGCUGAAAGAGAAAGCCAAGAAGAGGAAAGGACGAGGCUUCGGUUCAGAGGAAGGAGCCAGGUCCAGAAUCAAAGAUGAUACCUACGAUACUGUGGAGCAGGAUGGUGACGAGCCAGGCCCCCAGAGAUCUGUGGAGGGCUGGAUCCUGUUUGUGACCGGUGUCCAUGAAGAGGCCACAGAGGAAGACAUCCAUGACAAGUUUUCAGAGUUCGGCGAAAUCAAGAACCUGCAUCUUAAUCUUGACCGCAGGACGGGCUACCUCAAGGGAUAUGCACUGGUGGAGUAUGAGACAUACAAAGAGGCCCAGGCAGCCAUGGAAGGGCUCAACGGUCAGGACAUGAUGGGACAGCCCAUCAGUGUUGACUGGGGGUUUGUCAGAGGGCCCCCCAAGAACAAGAGGAGGACUGGCGGACGGAGACGCAGCAGAAGUCCGGACAGGAGGCGGCGUUGAGUUAUGCAGUUGAAGUGUCUCUGAACUUUGACAAGCAGUUUAUAAAACCUCUCCUCUUCUCAUUAAAAAAACUACUUUUUUGUACAAUAUGUUUGAGUGACAGUUGUAUGGCAGCAUCUUGUGCAACUGCAAAUAUUUGGAUACGGAAUUUCUCUU